UAUUUUUUCCUUACAUUAAUUGUUGUAAGCAUAAACUGCUGAGGAAUUCCUUUAUUUAACAUUUUGAGAAGGGUCCUAUAAACCUUGGAGCUACAUAGAUUUGUUAAUUUGAUAUCAAAAGCAUAUCCAAAGCAAUUGGUCAUCAUAACAGAGUCAACGUAUUAUUCAGUUUUUAAGCUCUCUGAAAGUUCUAAUUAAGUGCGGCAGAAAAGAUGGUAAAAAUGAGUGGAACGCAUAGAGAAAUGGAGAAGAUUAGGAGAACUUUGAAACAAUGGCUCUCAUCAUCGAAAGUUCUAUGGAGCAUGAUAUUAGUGCAAGUUUUUAUUAGUGGGAUGCAGCUAUUAUCAAAGGCCAUACUAGUUAAAGGCUCUUUCAUCUUUGCUAUCGUUUCAUAUCGCCAUAUUGUUGCUGCCAUUUGUAUUCUCCCCUUUGCAAUCUACUUUGAAAGAGGACGCAAAAUGGACUUCAGUCUGAAGGUUUGGUUCUGGCUCUUCGUUAACGCAUUGAUGGGGAUGACUCUAGCUCAAGGAUUCUAUUAUUAUGGUCUACGAGACACUUCAGCUACUUAUUCCGCCAAUUUCCUCAACUUAAUUCCUGUAUUCACCUUCUUUACCUCUAUCAUAUCCAGAAUGGAGAAAUUGAGUUUGCACACUUGGACUGGUAGAACCAAGUUAGGAGGGGCAAUAUUGUGUGUUAUGGGAGCAUUAACUUCCAGUAUUUACAAAGGGAAAGAAUUUUAUAUUGGUCAUCACCAUAGUCAUCAUGUUCAUGAGGCUGCUGGGGCACAUGAAACUCACAAGCUUAGGGGCACUAUAUUUUUGCUUUGCGGUUGCCUCUCAUACACAACUUGGUUUCUUGCACAAGUCAGAUUGAUGAAAGUAUUUCCAUUGAGGUACUGGGGAACAAUGUUAUCAUGCAUUUUGGCAGCAAUUCAAGCAGCAAUAAUAGGCGUUUGCAUAGAUUCCAGUAAAGCUUCUUGGAAAUUAGAAUGGAAUCUACAACUGGUCACUAUAGUGUACUCAGGAGCAUUGACUACUGCUGCCGCGUUCUGCAUAAUAUCUUGGGCAAUUACAAUCAAAGGACCUAGUUACCCUCCAAUGUUCAAUCCUCUGGCUCUUAUUUUUGUGGCAUUUUCAGAAGCUAUCCUACUUGGAGAACCAUUAAGCGUUGGAACGAUGCUGGGUGUGGUUUUUAUCAUUGUUGGAUUAUACUCCUUUUUGUGGGGCAAAAGUAAAGAGACAAUGCUAAUAACUCAACAACCAAAUGUAGCAGAUACAGAAGAAUCAGACAUCAUUGAUUUAAUCCCUGCGGGGCAAUCACCAGCUGCAGUAGUCCCAUCUUUUUCUCAUACAAAUUCCAAAACUAGAGUUUUUGACAUUGAAAAGUCUGUAGAAACUGAAAGUGUACUAGUUUAAAGGUAGGAUUGUUUCUUUAUCUUCUUAAUGUAUCGAUACAUAAAUAUGAAACUAAUGUAAAUAUUGCUUCUACUACAACAAAAUUGCCAUAUAAU